UGAGCGUGCGUCAAGCCGUGCGCGUGUACAUGUGUCAUAUAAUUCCAUAGAGGGGAUAAAUUCAUCCAACUGACAACUGACAUUUGAAGUCAACUGAAUCGAAAUGACAUUCCUACCGCAGGUAGAAAAUUGACGCCACUUUGAUUUGUCGUCGCGAAGCAGGAAGAUAAAGUUUGAUCACAGAAAGAACAGAUUAGGAAGUGGAGGAUGUCAUCGAAGCGCUCUGAGCGCGCGCCUCCAUAUCGUUCAUAGACCGAAAAAAAGUUCCAAUACUUGGGUUGUUUAGUAACAUGUAUGCGAGAUGGAAACUUCUCAUCUUCCCAGGUUUUGUGGUCACGUUUUUCGUAAUCAUCUACUUGGACGGUCAACUGCGAUCGCGUCAUCACAGAGGUCCGCUGCCGGGUCUGUUCCAGCGGUCCAUCCAGGAGGCGCGGGCCCCGGGGAGGGACGCGCCGAGCCCGGCCAGCGUCCUGGCACCACGCCGUGACCUUCUCCCCGGGAGAAACAGUGCUCCCGAGCGCAGGUUCGUCGACCAGUCGCAGCUGAAGUUGGCUGAUAUAUUCUUGGCGGUGAAGACGAGUGGUAAAUUCCAUAAGACUCGUCUGGCCCUUCUCAUGGAGACGUGGAUAGCGCGGACCAAGACGCACACAUAUAUUUUCACAGACACCAAAGAUGAAGACAUCUCAUCUGAAGGCUUUAACCUGGUGGUAACAGACUGUCUGUCGGACCACAGCCAGCAGGCUCUGUCCUGCAAGAUGUCUGCUGAGUAUGACCACUUCAUGGCGUCUGACAAGAGGUGGCUGUGUCACGUGGACGACGACAACUACGUCAACGGGGAGGGGCUCCGGGCGCUGCUGGCCUCCUUCCCCCAGGACGGCAGCUUCUACGUGGGCAGACCCAGCCUGGACCGGCCCAUCACUGCUCAUGAGCUGCUGGAGGACAACACCACGAGGGAGGUCAGUUUCUGGUUUGCCACAGGGGGCGCCGGCUUCUGUCUGAGCCGGCGGUUGGCAGAGAGGAUGCUGCCCUGGGCCCGCGGUGUGCGGUUCGAGCAGACCUCGGCCCGGAUCCGCCUGCCGGACGACUGCACCGUGGGCUUCAUCGUGGAGCGCAGGCUGGGGGUCUCGCUGGUCCAAAGCCCCCUCUUCCACUCCCACCUGGAGAACCUUCUGCUGCUCACCCCGGCAAGCAUACCUUGGCAGGCGACAUUGAGCUACGGCAUGUUUGAGAACAAGAUUAACAGCAUCGAACUGAAAGGAGCCUUCUCCAAAGAGGACGACCCCUCCAGAUUCAAGACUGUACACUGUAGGCUGUACCCCUUAACCAGUUGGUGUCCCUGAAUCACCCCAAAGGACUGCAUUUCCCACAGAACCCCUGGGCACAGUACCACCUUGUUAAGGACCUCGUCUUGUAAGAUGCCAGCACUUUCUGUAAAAAAAUUACAAGAUAUGUACUUAUCAAAUUUUUAGUUCAGUCAGUAUUAAAAUUGCUGUGGAUAACGUUUUAAUAUUUUUUAAAGAAUGAUACAAUUUUAUUGGGCCGAUGAAUGUACUAAGUACAACGCUGGACAGCUCGUAUUGUAAAUGUAUUGUAAAUAUGGUAUUGAAAAGCUCUAGGGAGGCCCAGUUUUACAUCGACUAGUAUGUUGACUGUUGGUCGUUGAGAAGCGCGAGCUAUGAUGAAAAGUACAUUUUCUGUUUUCUGUGUUUGGGGGGGUCUGAAACUGAAGACAGACCAACAUUCUGAGGUCACACACCGCCCCUCCUGGGUGGUAUCCAUAGCAACAGGAGGCACCAUCCAGCCAGUUCUCUUCAUAGGAAAUAUGUAUCAUAAAUCCUACCGAUGUACCAACCAACUUCUGAUGCAAUUAAGACAACCUCUUCCUUCCUGCUUUCAUUGUACAAUAUUUCCCCUGAGACAAAGCUCUGUGUAUAGUCUUACAUCAUAGAAGGGUCGAGAGCCUUUUUCUCUAAAAGGUAGACUCAAAGAAACUGUUUAGAAAACCUCUUCAUAAAGGCGUCUUUAGGGAAAAUAACUUGAGCUACUGAACCCCAGUCUCAGUGAUUCCAUAAUCUCCAGCUAGUUGCCUUGAUAAAGAACUUGUUAGAAUUUCAAGGCUGGUGACUUUCUGAGCAGUAUUACAAAAAAAUGAUUGUGUAAAUGUAGUUCAUGUUACUCCAGUCAAGCAAAUAAAUGAAUAAGACCACUUUUGUACCUCAUGUCUGCUUCCUUACUCUUUGGUAUUAUUUUAUGUGAUAUAUAUACUUUUUUUUUUUACCUUGUUGCCAUUAACACACAUUACCUGGUAACCC